AUGCCAUUCUCUCCAUGCCGUGCUCUUCGUAGAAGCGCACGUCAGCUGAUCCGCUACCCUCGCGCAGUGCACCUGCAGACGGGCCAGUGCGGCAACCAGGUCGGCGCCAAGUUCUGGGAGGUGCUCUCCGACGAGCACGGCAUCGACUCGACGGGCGCCUACCACGGCACGACGGACCUGCAGCUCGAGCGCAUCAAUGUCUACUACAACGAGGCCUCGAACGCAAAGUACGUGCCGCGCGCCGUGCUCGUCGACCUCGAGCCGGGCACGAUGGACUCGGUGCGCUCCGGCCCCAUGGGCGGCAUCUUCCGGCCCGACAACUUUGUCUUUGGCCAGAGCGGCGCCGGCAACAACUGGGCCAAGGGCCACUACACUGAGGGCGCCGAGCUCGUCGACUCGGUGCUCGACGUGGUGCGCAAGGAGGCCGAGGCGUGCGACAUGCUGCAGGGCUUCCAGAUCACCCACUCGCUCGGCGGCGGCACCGGUGCCGGCAUGGGCACUCUGCUCAUCAGCAAGAUCCGCGAGGAGUUCCCCGACCGCAUGAUGGCCACGUUCUCCGUCAUGCCGUCGCCAAAGGUGUCGGACACCGUCGUGGAGCCGUACAACUGCACGCUCUCGGUGCACCAGCUCGUCGAGAACUCGGACGAGACGUUCUGCAUCGACAACGAGGCGCUGUACGACAUUUGCUUCCGCACGCUCAAGCUGGCGACGCCCAAGUACGGCGACCUCAACCACCUCGUCUCGAUUGUCAUGAGCGGCAUCACGACGUGCCUGCGCUUCCCCGGCCAGCUCAACUCGGACCUGCGCAAGCUCGCCGUCAACAUGGUGCCGUUCCCGCGCCUGCACUUCUUCAUGGUCGGCUUUGCGCCCCUCACGGCGCGCGGCAGCCAGCAGUACCGCGCCGUGUCGGUGCCGGAGCUGACGUCGCAGAUGUUCGACAGCAAGAACAUGAUGGCCGCCUCGGACCCCAAGCACGGCCGCUACCUGACGGUGGCGGCGUACUUCCGCGGCAAGGUGUCGAUGAAGGAGGUCGAGGACCAGAUGCAGGCGAUGCAGACGAAGAACUCGAGCUACUUUGUCGAGUGGAUCCCCAACAACGUGCAGACGGCGCACUGCGACAUUCCGCCGCGCGGCCUCAAGAUGUCGGUGACGUUCAUUGGCAACUCGACGGCCAUCCAGGAGCUGUUCAAGCGCGUGGCGGACCAGUUCAGCGUCAUGUUCCGCCGCAAGGCCUUCCUCCACUGGUACACUGGCGAGGGCAUGGACGAGAUGGAGUUCACCGAGGCCGAGUCGAACAUGCAGGACCUGAUCAGCGAGUACCAGCAGUACGAGGCGGCCUCGGCCGACGACAUCGACGAGGAGGGCGUGUACGAGGAGGAGGGCGAGCCGCUCGAGGAGUAA